AUGAAGGUCUCAGGCUACUUUCUUAUCUUCACCCUUCUAUUCUCUUCUUUCUCAUCCUUUUCUUUGGCCUUAAGUAAUGCUGAGGCAUCCUAUAUUGCUCAUCGGCAACUUACGAAUCUUUCUCAGAACAAUGAUCUUUCCGAUGGGGUCGGAUACGACAUUGACCCUAAACUGAAUUUUGCAAAUCCAAGGCUCAAGAAAGCCUAUAUUGCUCUACAAGCAUGGAAAAAAGCAAUUUCUUCAGACCCGCAUAACCUAACUGGCAAUUGGGUUGGUGAGAAUGUGUGUGCCUACAAUGGUAUAGUCUGCAAACCAGCAAUAGAUGAUCCCAAAUUGACUGUUGUUUCGGGUAUUUAUCUUAGUCAUGGUGACAUAGCUGGAUACCUUCCACUUGAGCUCGGCCUUUUGACAGAUCUCACUACUUUCACAAUCAAUUCUAAUCGUUUUUGUGGAAUCAUCCCGAAUAGUUUCUCAAAACUUCAACAUUUGGAAGAGCUUGAUCUGAGCAAUAACCAGUUCAACGGUUCAUUCCCAGCUGUACUUUUGGAGUUGAAUUCCCUUGUACACAUUGACAUCAGAUACAAUAAUUUCGAAGGCAUCGUCACCUCCGACACCAUCAAAGAGUUAUACACCACCCCCCACAUCCAACCCACCAACAUCAACUCCGCCAACCCCUUCAUCCCAAUCACUACCUCCCCCGACAUCAAACCCACCAACAUCAACUCCACCAACACCUACCACCCAAUCAUCACCUCCUCCGACAUCAUCAACAAGUUACACUCCACCACCAACAUUCAAGCCACCAACAUCAACUCCACCAUCCCCUACAUCAAAAACAUCACCUCCUUCGACACCAUCAACAUCAACUCCACCAACCCCUACUUCCGAAGCAUCACCUCCUCCGAUUCCAUCAAAUAG